AUGGCAUAUGUUAAAGUUGUUAAGAAUAAGGCCUACUUUAAAAGGUACCAAGUGAAGUAUAGGAGGCGAAGAGAGGGCAAAACGGAUUACCGAGCACGAAAGGCCCUGAUCCUCCAAGAUAAAAACAAGUACAAUGCACAGAAGCUGCGAUUUGUCGUGAGGAAGACCAAUUGCCAAAUAAUAUGCCAAAUAGCAAGUGCACACAUUGAAGGUGAUAAAAUUUUGGCGGAGGCAAAAUCGAAGGAACUAAUCCGUUAUGGAAUCCCCGUAGGUUUAAAGAACUACGCAGCCGCAUACGCCACAGGGUUACUAUGUGCAAGGAGAUUUUUAAAAUCUCUGAAUCUCGAUACCCAAUUUCUUGGUGUGGAGAAACUCACAGACGACAUGAAUGAAAACAAUGAUGAUAAGGAAGAAGAUGAAGAAAGAAAACCAAUUAAAGCAUUUCUAGAUGUUGGUAUUACCAGGACCACUACUGGUAACCGCGUCUUUGCCGCUUUAAAGGGAGCGUGUGAUGGAGGAUUGAAUAUCCCUCAUGGCACCAACAGAUUUCCUGGAUCCAAGAAUGAAUUUAAUCCAGAACAAUUAAGAAAAAAUAUUCUUGGUAUCCACGUGGCUGAAUACAUGAAGACUCUACAAGAAGAGGACAUGGACAAAUACAAAGCUCACUUUAAUGAAUACAUCAAAAACAAAAUUGAUGCAAAUAAUAUCGAGCAGAUGUAUCUGGAUGCCCAUGAAAAGAUAAGAAAAAAUCCAGAAAAAUUGCAAAAGAGCAAAGAUAAGGUGAAGAAAUUCGUAGCGAAGCAUGAGAAGCCUAAGAAACUCAACGCCAAGCUGAGAAAGAUGCGUGUCAAGGAAAAGUUGGCCAAGUACGUCGAGAAGUUACAAUGA